GGGAAGCACCCAGCCCGACUGCCCAGCUGGAAACGAACUCAGUCCCUGCCGGCUCUCCACUCCGCCAGAGUGUAGCUCGGCGGUGAGGACGCUGCAACGCGCGCCCACUCUGCGGCCAGAGUGGAUUCGCGCGACGUUGCGGCUGCGCGAGGGGCCUUUUCCUGGGAGCCAUCCGGGAAAAGCCCGGCUUAACUACGGGCCUUUCGGCCAUUGGACGGACCCUCCAAGCCGCAGAAGGACGGCGAAAGGGGACUGAAGCUGAACUGAGCUCUUUCCUAGUGGAGAGAGCCCGCUAGGGCGAGGUGGGAAGGGGGGGGUGGGGCGUGUUGCGAAGCUCACGGCCAGCGGUGGAUUAUCCGGGACACUUUGCGCCUGGGGGCUGCGAAGUGAGCGAGGAGGACAAGGGCAUGCUCAGUGGUGGCGGCGGUGAUGCGGUCCUUUCCAACGCCGCGGCGCGGGGGCAAGUGGAGGCCGUGCGGCAGCUCCUGGAAGCCGGUGCGGAUCCCAACAGACUCAACCGCUUCGGGAGGCGCCCGAUCCAGGUCAUGAUGAUGGGCAGCGCCCGCGUGGCCGAGCUGCUGCUGCUCCACGGUGCGGACCCCAACUGCGCGGACCCCGCCACUCUCACCCGACCCGUGCACGACGCGGCCCGGGAGGGCUUCCUGGACACGCUGGCGGCGCUGCACCGAGCCGGGGCGCGGCUGGACGUGCGCGACGCCUGGGGCCGCCUGCCCGUGGACCUGGCUGAGGAGCGGGGCCACCGCGACGUCGCCCGCUACCUGCGCGCGGCCGAGGGAGACUGAUGGCGCGUGCACACAGCCGCCCCAAACGACUUUUCUUUUCUCUCCAGUUCCCCACCCCAACUUAGUUCAAUGAGGUCUGCAAACAUGGAGCGGCGGAAGUCUUCCUGGGCGACCUGAUUCCCCGCAGGGAAGGAGGGGCAGACCGGGAAGAAAUUUUUUUUUUCUCUUUUUUUCUCUGGGUGGAGCCCUCGACACUCACCGUGAAGUGAAACGCAGAGAGGUGGGGCAAAUGGAUUUCCAGCGAGAUUUAGGAGCCGAAUGUGGAAUUCCCAGGUUUAUUUUUCAGGGUUUUCUGGCGAAAAGUGGCAAGUGAAGAAAUCCGCGAAGGAACCCAAGUGCUGCGAAUCUUCACACAAAAGAUGGUGGGGCGGAGUGGGAGGCGGCGGUGACUGGCAUUCGAGUGGGAGGCAGGUGAUAACAUUCGCCCCUCUGACCUUGAAGGAACCCCCCUGUAAGCCCCCACUUCAGGCGUUAGGCCCUGGGGAUAUGAGGGCAAAGCUGAAGACGGAGGACCAAGCAAUGAUGACGGUCGUCGUGGGCUCUUUCUUUACAAGCUGCACGGAGCAGAGCAGGUAACGUGCAAAACGCUCCAUACUGGAAGCCUUGGGGACUCGCGCCCAGCUCCACCGGAUAGUGACGGGGAAGAGAGGACCCGGAAGCCACCUCGAACUUGCCCGCUUAUUCUAAAGUCCCCAGGACAAGGUGGUUCUGAACAGCUCUCCGAGAGGGGCGCUCGUUUGCUGUUGUUAAAUCAAGGCGAGAUUCUUGCGGCGUUCCAGCAGAGUCCGCGCACAGACUGAAGUCGGGGAUUGUAGCGAGAGCAACUGUAGGUAGGCCGUUAACUGUAACGAUUUGUUUAAUCUAUAAACGGUAGGAUACAGAGAGCCCCCUGUAAAUUGCCACUUGAAAAGAUUUCGUGACAUUUUGUACUUCUGGGUGGUUCUUCAGUAGCAGUCUUACUUACGGAGACUUUAAA